UCCUAACAAGCGCAAACAGCCUCCCACCAACCGCCAUGACCCCGCGAUUGAGACACCGGCCCCAGGUCGAGGAGGAAGAUGCGUCGGUGCUGAAGCUGGGAGCAGAAUUUAACAAUGCUGGUUGUCUGCUCAUCUCGGAGGUGAAGUAUCUUCUCGAGAAUCGAGACAAGGAUGCCCCGGACACUGCCGUCUAUAACAAGACACUAGAGUACGUGAAGACGUUCGCAAAGUUCAACACCACGGAUUCUGCCAGUGCUGUUCGAGAGACCUUGCGGAGAGAGCCUGCUCUGACACAAUUUGAAACAGCGCAAAUAGCCAACCUAUGCCCUGCGGAUGUCGAAGAAGCGAAGAGUGUCAUCCCAAGUCUUGUCAAGAUCGAUGACGACCGACUUCAAGCUCUCUUGGAUGAGAUCCAAACCAUGAGGAAGUUCCAGUCAUGAUCGACCACACUUGACGACUAUACGAACCGACGCCACCACCAACGAUCACCGCUACAAACCAUCCUUGCUUUGGCUUCAUUCAGUCACGCUCUUGCACGUAUAUCUCCAGGCCGGAUGAACGUGAA